AUGAGAAAUCUGCAGCAGAAUGCCAAUGACAGGGAACACGCCACGGCUGGUUUCGAUGUACCUCCACCAUACACGUCUCCUAUCAGUCCCACGCAAGCCAACAAGCCCUCUUUCUUCAAAGCUCUGAAAUCCAGCUUCCGCUCGAAGCCUGAUCCUCUCGUCUCAGCGCUAUGCCACGCGACUAUGCGUGGUGAUGAACAACAGGUGUCGGGUCUCAUCGCACAGGGCGCCAACGUCCACGGCCGCAAUGAUGAUGGCAAUACACCCCUCAAAUGCGCUAUUCUAAACGACCAAGCUGGAACUAGUCGCCUGCUCCUCUCUAUGGGAGCAACCACAAACAAGGUACCUCCUCUUUUCAAGGCUGCGUCUAUGGGGAGUUUGAACGUCUGCAAAAUGUUACUUGACUCUGGCGAGGACGUAAAUGAAGUUUCCAAAACUGGUGAGCCAUGUUUUGUCGAAGUUGUGAAUAAGGGGAAUGUGGCAGGUGUGAGGUUCCUCUUGGAAAACGGUGCUAGAGCAGGUGCAUCUACACUGGCCGGCGGAAGUGUUCUCGCGCAGGCUGUCAAGAAGGAUCAAGUCGACGUUGUUCAUGCAUUGCUUGAACAUGGAGCAGACGUCAACAGUCACGAUGUCCACGGAAACUCAGUCUUGAACAUAGCUAUUCAGAAUGGGAAUGCGAAACUGGUGGGCCUGCUUCUGGAAAGAGGCGCACAAACUCAACCAGCCACUAUCCUGUGCACGACGAUCCUCGAGUACACCAUCAACAAAAAGCGCUUAGACAUUUUGAGACAGCUUGUAGCUGCCGGCGUUGAUCUCGGACUUACAGAUGCCCAGAAUCAACCCGUCCUCAUAAAGGUUAUCAGGAAUCCUCUUCUAAAGAAGGAUGACAAGCUGGAAGUCAUGCGAAUGCUCAUGGACAACGGCGCCGACUAUGAUGCCAUCGACAUAACCUUCGGUCUUCCCGCCAUCUGUCACGCAGUGGAAACAGCCAGCCCUGAAAUUGUCGAAGAACUACUGAUCCGCGGUGCUGAGACCAAGGUACGCAUGUUGGGGGGUCAAACAAUGAUAACAUACUCCAUUGAUGUCAACCACCGCAAUCACGUCAAAAGUCUGUUAUCUUACGGUGUUGAUGUGAACGAAGUAGACGGCUUGAACAGAACGCCGUUGAUGCUGGCAAUGUUGAGGCUUGACUUCAACAUGGCCAAGCUAUUCAUGGAUCAUGGAGCUGAUCCAAUGGCGGAUGUGAAUGAGAGCGCAGUCAAGUUUAUCAAGGCUUUGAAGAGAAGGGACUUUCUCGAAAUACUUGGUCUCGCGGGAGAGCCUCGAUUACAGCAGAUCAGGGGCUUGUCGCAGGUUAGGGACUCGCCAGCAGGUCCUUCUACGACUGAAGAACAUGCACCCGAUGUCCCACCACCAUCGUACGAGGUUGCUGCUGGAAAGGCUUGA